AUGCUUCACACCAUUUUAGUACAUCUCGUCAUCUUCUAUCAGCUUUCAACAGCAUUCCCAACCAAUUUUGGUCAAUAUGAUUUGAUGGCGAAAGAAAAUGAUGAUGGAACAACACGAUUUUUUAUUGUUGGUGACUGGGGUGGUUUACCAGUAUCACCAUUCGAUACACCAUCUGAAGUUGCCGUAGCUAAUGCAAUGGGUAUAUUAGGUGUAAGAUUAAAUACAACAUUUCAAUUGGCAUUAGGUGACAAUUUUUAUAAUGAUGGUGUUCAGACAGUCAAUGACUCAAGAUUUCAAAAUACUUUUGAACAUGUUUUUUCGGCGACGUCAUUACAAACUCCUUGGUAUGUUUUAGCUGGUAAUCAUGAUCAUAGAGGAAAUGUUUCAGCAGAAAUUGAGUAUGGAAAAAUAUCAAAACGAUGGGUAUUUCCUGAUUAUUUCUAUUCAUUCUCUUUAUGGCAAAGUGAUAAACAAAAGAAAUUAAUUGAUUUCGUGAUGAUUGAUACUGUGAUACUUUGUGGUGGAGAUUCUUUAUCAGAUUGGGAUCACACUCCAUUAGAAGGUCCAAAAAAUCAACAUGUUGCCGAAGCCUAUUGGCAAUGGAUUGAAGAACAACUUCGUCAAUCGACAGCUCCAUAUUUACUUGUCAAUGGUCAUUAUCCAGUAUAUUCAAUAGCUGAACAUGGUCCAACUGGAUGCUUGAUUGAUCGACUUCGUCCACUACUUCAUCAAUAUCAUGCAACGGCAUACAUAUGUGGACAUGAUCACAAUCUGCAACAUUUGACGAAUGAUAUGGAUGGAGUACAUAUGAAUUAUUUUGUUGUUGGAGCAGCUAAUUUCAUAGAUCCAAGUCAAGAACAUGCUAAAGAUGUACCGGCUGGUUCACUCAAAUUUUUUUGGGCAGAUUCACCAGUUUAUGGUGGAUUUGCUUUGAUGGAACAUAAUAAUACACAUUUAACUUUAUCCUUUAUUGAUCACUCUGAACAAACAUUAUAUCAAGCAAUCAUGACACCUCGAUUAUAA